AUGCUCGUCUUCCACACACCCCUCUCGCUCCUUCACAAUCCCCCACACGAGAUCCUCUCCGGCUGCGUUCAACCCUACUUCGAGUCGCCUGAGCGCUACUUUCGCAUCCUCACGACCUUGCUCAAAUCUACCGCUUUCGAGGGGCGCACGCUGGAGUGGCCCGUCGAGGAGGUCGUGACGGAGGAAGUCCUCGAGGCGAUUCGACCGGUCCAUGACGAGCGGUAUCUGGCUUUUCUGGCGGAGAUCUAUGACGAGUGGAUCGCAGAGGGGGGUUCGAAGGAUGCAGCGCUGCCGGAGACGUUCUUGCGGAGCGACCUUCUUCUCGAGGAGGGAGGCGUGGGAAGCCAAAAGGACGGCGCUGUCGCCCGCAUAGGCCGCCACUCCUUCGACUUGUCGGCGCCGGUCACUGCGAACACAUGGAUCGCGGCUGUGGCUUCAACACGAGUGGCGCUCGAAGCGCUUGACACCUUGACAGCUGACGGGACUGCUCAAGCAACCUUCGCCCUCUGCCGCCCGCCAGGGCACCAUGCAACAGACUCUCUCUGCGGCGGCUACUGCUAUCUCAACUCAGCUGCGAUCGCCGCACGACAUUUCCAGCGGUCAUCGAAGGGCGACAAACCUAGAGUUGCAAUCCUCGACAUAGACUACCACCAUGGCAAUGGAACGAGCAAGAUCUUCUACGACGACCCGACGGUCCUCUAUGUCAGCCUGCACGGCUCGCCUGACUAUCCUUACUACACCGGGUCAGAAGCAGAACGAGGAGGCCCGAAAGCGCGAGGGAUGAACAUCAACUAUCCUCUUGCGCUCGGCACGAACGACGUGGACUAUCUCACGGCACUAGAGAAGGCGACGGACGACGUCAGACGCUUCGAGCCGGACCUACUCGUCGUUUCGCUCGGCGUAGACACCUACAUCGACGAUCCGCUCACCAACUUCAAGGUGACGCUUGCCGCAUACCCGGAGAUGGGCAAACUGAUCGCGCGAGUCGGCGUCAAGACGCUUUUCGUUAUGGAGGGCGGGUACUACCUCGACGCGAUCGGCUAUUGCGUGCGAGGUGUGCUCGAAGGCUUCAGGGAGGAGGGCCGCAGGAGGCAGACUUGA